ACGAGGCUGUUGGUUUAAAGCAGAGCUGCACAGCAUACAGAACACACUCACACACAGUAGAGCAAGUCUCAUGACAUUACAUUAGAGGUGUGUGGAUGCACUCCACACAAACACAUAAACACACACACUCAUAUAAACAUACACGUGUGGACUGGACUGCUCCACUACUGGACCUCUCACUCAGCAGUACCCUCCGAAAGGUUUGUUGAUACGUCUACCUCCUCAAAUGAUAGCUUGAUUUUGCAGGGUAUCAUUUUGCAUCUCCUCUCUUUUUGAACAGAGCCACAAAGCCUAUAAUUAACAGCUCUUGUCCUCUAUGGAGUUUAAUUGGGCUUAAAUGGCUUAGAUUCCUAAGCAGCCAUCUUAAUGCACAUUCCUUUAAAACCCUUCUAACUGUGCUGGGAAACGGUUAUAGAACACCUAAAACUCCCCCUUUUAAGACCUCUCUCGGGACUAAACAGCAGAGAAAGAGGGAGACCUAUCUAUCCCUCCCUUCAUCACCUCCUUUCAGCAGUCCAGGCAGGAGAAACCGUGGGAGAGAAGGAGAAGAGGAGGAAAGAACAGUAGAGCUGGCGCCAUCGUCUAUUGAACCUAUCCACCGCUUAAUUUCCUGUAAUCUGGGGGUUACUGUUGCUAGUGGGGACAUGGACACUUCUAUACCUGUGUUGGCUGCCGGGGACAAAGUGUGUGACAAGACGGUGUGCGAGGCACUGGGCCACUUCGAAGCCACACUGGCGGCGGCGGUGCGCGAGGUGCAUGUGGAUGUGAGCGCCUUCAAGCGGGGUGUGGAGCGGCGGGUGGACGAGGCGUGCCGGGCACAGCGACCCCUGGCCGAGGCUCUUCAGCGGCUGACGCAGGAGAACCUGCAGCUCCGAAGCCAGCUGGAGGUGCUGGCCUGCCUGAUGGAGGGUCUGACGGGAAGAGUGGUGGACAGAAGCGCCCUCGAGGAGAGGGCCAGUAGGGGAUGGAUCCCUAUGACUUCGUCCCAGGGGACGGUUUACAUAAGCCAGGGGAGCCCCUCCACCACGGUCCCCUCUGGACUGUCGGAGUCUGGUUCUUCUGGUCUUGGUUCUGAUGCCUCUAGUUCUACAUCAGCCUCUCUCUCCAGCAGGGAGCCAAUGGGGGAUACCAGCAUGUCUAAUGUUGUUGAACAAAUGGAAGAGAAAAAUGUUGCUGUGUUGGAGAAUGGACAUGACAAAGAACGGAAGUCUGCUGGUCAUUCAUUAGUAGAUGUCACCUCACCCAAAGCAAAAUCGGAUGAUUUGUAUAAAUCUGAGGGCUCGUCAUUCGGCAAUCCUCAUCUUCCCUGCACUGCCAUGACCAAAACGGACUCCCCCACUAGCCCCAAACCGCCAGCACUAUCUCCUGCUUUGGCCCAAAAGUGUCCUGCUUCAACACCAAAGUCUCCUACCUAUCCAAUAGCAGACGUCACCACUCCCAAAACAGCACUUGAUGUUCUGUUCAGUCCCGCAGAGACUUUGCCUGGACAACAUCAGGAAGUGAGGUCACCAGUCAGCAGUCAUGCAGCUCAGCAAGAGCACCCCACCCCUGUAUCUCUGGCCCCGCCCUAUGCCUCUGUCAGUGUCAUGAGCAGAACUAGCCCCGGGGUACCAACUGCAUCAGCCCCGACUCAGUCCCCUGCCACCCCAUCUUGGGCCCCUGACGCCCCAACUCAGUCUCCUGCAGCCCCAACCAGGUCUUCUGCAGCCCCAAGUCAGUCUUCUGCUGCCCCAAGUCAGUCUUCUGCUGCCCAAUCUCAGUCUCCUGCAGUCCCUCCAUCUCCUGCCCCUGCACCCAAAACACCUAGACAAUCAGUAUUUGAGGAGACCAAACCCAAAGCAUCAGGAGAAUUUCCUUUCAAACGUAGUGAACGUGUAGUACAUGCAGUUAAGGCAGCGAGCCCGAGUCUUACCCGUAGCAUGAGCUUCACAGCAACCACAGAAAAACUCCUACCACCCAGAAAAGUGCCUCCCCCUGGCACAGACAGGAGCCUGGACAAGUUUGGCGGUCUGGAAAGUUUUGGCGGUCCGAACAAGUUUGGCAUUCUGGACAGGCUUGGUGGUCUGGACAAGUUUGGGGAGAGGAAGCUGCAGAGGUCACAAACGCUGCCUCGCAACCUCGGGAUGCAGGGCAAACGGUCUCUGUUUGAAGGUUUGGCCUACGAGUGUGGCAGGUCCAAGGCUGCAGGAUCAAAGCCCAAACUGCAGCACUCUCAGAGUUUCAACAGCGCUAGCAACAUCAAGGCAAUGCUCCUGGAAUGGUGCCGCUCCAAAACCAUUGGCUACCAGAACAUAGACAUCCACAACUUCUCAUCCAGCUGGUGUGAUGGGAUGGCAUUCGCUGCCCUGGUCCACUCCUUUUUCCCCCUGGUGUUUGACUACAACACACUGAACCCUGCCAAUCGUAAACACAACUUUGAAGUGGCCUUCACCACAGCAGAGGAGCAAGCCGACUGUGUGCGUCUCAUAGAGGUGGAGGAUAUGAUGGUGAUGGGUAGCAGACCAGACCCUAUGUGUAUUUUCACCUACGUCCAGUCCCUCUACAACCACCUCAAGAAGUUUGAAUGACACUUCCAUGCAGAGAUGAGCACCCCUAUCAUCACCAGUUACAUUGACUCAUGUCGUCAGCAAACCAAAGCACUACUCCCUACAUUGUUCAAAUCUUGAUAACUGUUUAUGACGAUUGUGCCUGUAGAAUUCUAUUUGAAUUCUUCUGGUCCUGUAAAAUUGUGCUGGGCAUAUGGUUUGGGGAUUUAUUUUUCCUCAUUUAGAAAAUAGAGGUAGUAAAUUGGGGAAAAUAUUGGUAGUUUUACAAAUAUAUUUUUUGACUUAGAGCCAAAUACUGGUUAUUUUCUAUUGGUAUAAUAUGGAUGCUGUAACGACGUUUGUCUGUAGAAGGAGAAGCGGACCAAAAAGCAGCGUGGUGGUUACUCAUGUUCUUUAAUGGAAAAUGAACGAUACAUGAAAUAACUUAAAUCUACAAAACAA